AUGUCCAUCCAUAUCUCAAGUUUGCUGAAUCUCUACAAGAUCCCUCAGCUUCACCCCUUCCUGCACGUCUCGCAGUAUUACAAUAAUUCCAUAGAGGGAGUCUAUUUGGACGAGAAAGGGGACCUGGCAGCUGACUUUGACAUCACAUACUGGGUGAGGUUUCCCAAUUGGUCUCUUUACAAAACGAACGUUGGGAGUCUGGAAAGAGAAGGAUGCUCAGAAGGCAAAUUCAAGUUCAGAAUGGACCCAGAUGCCAUCAGAAGGGCCAUACAGGUCGAUGAGCCCCUGCCGAGCUCUCGGUGCGUGGAUAGCUGCCUUCCUGGAUUUGUCAGGCUGCUGGACCCCAUGAAGGCAGUUUGCUGUUACCAUUGUGUUCCUUGUGCAGAAGGGACCAUCUCCACUCAGGAAGAUGCUGAACAGUGUGAGAGAUGCCCUGAGGACCAACAAUCAAACAAGGAGCGAAUUAAGUGUGUUCCUAAGGUGAUAGUCUUCCUAUCCUAUACAGAAGAUCUGGGGAUCAUCCUUAUUUCUGUUGCUUUACUUUUCUCUUUGAGCAACUGUUUUGUUUUAAGCAUAUUCAUUAAGCACCUGGAAACUCCGGUAGUCAAAGCCAAUAACCGGGACCUUUCCUACCUGCUCCUCAUUGCCCUCCUGCUUUCCUUCUUGUCUUCCUUCCUCUUCAUUGGCCAGCCAAGAAGAACCACUUGCCUUCUGAGACAAGCAGCCUUCAGCAUCAUUUUCUCAGUGGCUGUCUCUUCUCUCUUGGCCAAAACCAUCAUGGUGGUGCUGGCCUUCCUAGCCACCAAACCAGGGAAUAGCAUGAGGAAAUGGCUGGGGAAGUCUUUGGGCAACUCCAUUGUCCUUUUUUGUUCUGUUGUCCAAACUCUGAUCUGCACUCUCUGGUUGGGUACUGCCCCUCCUUUUCCAGACUCGGAUAUGCAUUCCCAGUCUGGAGAGAUUGUCCUGCAGUGCAAUGAAGGAUCAGUCACCAUGUUUUACACCGCACUUUGCUACAUGGGCUUCCUGGCAGCUGUCUGCUUGGUGGUGGCAUUCCUGGCCCGGAGGCUGCCUGGGGCCUUCAAUGAAGCCAAGCUGAUCACCUUCAGCAUGCUGGUCUUCUGUAGUGUUUGGAUCUCCUUUGUGCCCACCUAUCUCAGCACCAAGGGCAAAUACAUGGUAGCUGUGCAGGUCUUCUCUAUCUUGGCCUCCAGUGCUGGGCUGCUGGGCUGCAUCUUUUUCCCCAAGUGCUACAUUAUCCUUUUUCGACCUGAUUUAAAUACAAAGGAGCAGCUUAAUUUGAAAAGCAAAACAGAAUUGUAA